AUGGGUUCGAUUUCGAUCGAGAUGAUUGAUCAACUAGCCGCCGCCGCCUUCUCUCCUCCGAUCAAGUACUCCGAACAUCUGUCUGUCACCUCCAAAGUCGACUCCUCGAAGUCCUCCGACAAGAAUCUGCCGGCGCCUGAACGAAUCAUCCGGCUAUCGGUCACAGACCCAUACGCGACCGAUUCAUCAAGCGACGAACGGGAGAACGACAAUCGCCGUCGCGUGAAGAGAUACAUCAGUGAAAUCAGAAUCCAACCUGGUCGGACAUCAAACAAAGGAGGAGAGAGGAAGUACCGUGGUGUCAGAAUGAGGCCGUGGGGAAAAUGGUCGGCGGAGAUUCGUAAUCCAGUUGAAGGGCGAAGAGUUUGGUUAGGAACUUUCAAUACGGCGGAGGAGGCUGCGAUAAGUUAUGAUAAGGCUGCUAUUUCAUUUCGUGGUUCGGAUGCCCAAACAAACAUUCUCCAGCCGCCGCCGCCGCCGCCUCCGACGACGACGACGGAGGAGAAGAAGGUCUCCGGCAAUCUCCCUUGUUCACCCACAUCUGUUCUUGUCGUGGAACCACCCGUCGUGAAAGAUCUGCCGCCUCCAGCUGAUGAUCAGUGUUUGGCGUUAGAUCUACGUUUCUUGAACAAUUUCUUUGAUUCCAGGCCACCUUCGCCUAACGAGCAGACGGAGGAUUUGGCAUCAGAUCUGAUGGAGAUGUAUGCUGAUUUUUCGGAAAUAUGGGAGGAGGAUGAUGCGACGAGGUUGGCGUCAGCUCUGAUGGAGAUGCAAAUUUGGGAUGAUGAUGAUAUGGAGUUUGAUCAUGCUUGCUUUGAUGGCAUGAAUUUGGAGAUCGGGGAUUAUUUCGAUGAUGACAAUUCAUGGAUUUAA